AUGCCCCCUGUGAACAGGAGAACUAACGCGGUACAGGCUGCUCCAAAGGGUUCAUUGAUAGACCCUCUGAAAGAUCGGAAGUACUGGACAACGCUGUUGCGAGAGGGCGGUUUGGAUGAGCGUCGAAGCCCAACGAACUCGCCGAAGAAGGCGGUGAAGAACGAAAUUCAGGGUCUGAAACGAGCUCGUGGAACGGAUACGCCCCCACGGUCGCCAAAUGGGGGUCACAAAUCGCCUGUGACUAAACAGGGUAGGACGGCCAAUGGCCAGUUUGCCCCAAAAGAACGGCCAUUGUUGGCUGGGGGCGAGCUGUGGCCUGUAAGCAGAGCUGGAUCCAGGUCCAGUCGACCUGCUCGGGAUCGUGAGGUCGAAAAAGCUAGGAAACCAGAGAGGAGAAAUCGGCCAGUGGAAAGGGCUUCACGGCCGUCAGGUCUCGAGAAAGUUCCAGUAAUAGCACCAGAAUUGGUUGUAGACACACCCGAAACAACAGUUCCAACUCCAGCGAGCAGAAAUAGAGCUCGUAGGAGUCGUACGGUCAUAGACGACGAAGAUGUCGACGAGGAUGACGAUUUGAUUCGUCCUGUCGGCCGUCUGAGACAGCGAAAAGCAGCUGAAAAAGAAACAAAACUGGUGACGACGCUGAGACGAGGACUGCUUGUUAUCCGGCUGCCGGAGUGGAAACUACGGCCGCUGAAACAGACCAGCAGACUUAAGAAACUCAUUCCAGCGAGAGAAGUUCUUGCUGCCAGUAGUCUCUACGACCACAACAACAACAGUAGCAGCAGAAGCAUUAACAAUCACAGCAGAAGCAUUAAUAAUAACAAUAGCAGUAAAAGCAGAAUCAAGGAUAACAGUAGUCACAAAAAACUGAAAAUCCGGUUUCAUUUAUCAUCACCAGCAGGUGGAGGCUCACCUGUUGGUAUCACUAAUGGCACACUGACUAGAACUGACGGAUUGUCUUCAGCAACAGGUUCAACUCCUUUUUUCUUUGAGGAAGAGGAGUAUGUCGACGACAGCGAUGUUCAGCCAUAUCGCGGAGUGAUUACUGGUGAUGACGCUGAUACUUCGUUGACUUAUCCUACUGAUCAGGACAGGGAAUGGUUUGAAGAUGCGCUUGCUAUGGUAGAAACAAAACAGUCUUGGCUAAAUAACGAUGAUGUUGAGAAUUACGGAAAUGAAAUAGAAUAUACCGACGAUGGUGGUGUGACAAGCCGGAAGAAGAAAAGACGUACUGACUCGGUACCACCACCAACGACCACUUCUACCAUGGGCAUCACUAGAGUCUCGAAUAUCCGCAAAAUCCACAUGGCCAACUACGAGAUCGAUACCUGGUAUAUCUCGCCAUAUCCAGAAGAGUACUCGCGACACAGGAUCCUCUGUAUAUGUGAAUUCUGUCUCAAAUACAUGAGCUCCGACUACGUUGCUCAGCGACAUGCUUUGAAAUGCCAAUAUAGACAUCCUCCGGGAACCGAGAUAUAUCGACACGAAGGAAACAGCAUUUUCGAAGUCGACGGGGCAAAAUCACCUCUGUACUGCCAGAAUCUGUGUCUCAUGGCGAAACUUUUUUUGGAUUCAAAGACCCUGUACUACGAUGUGGAACCGUUCAUGUUCUACGUUCUCACUGAAAACGACGACAAGGGAUGUCAUUUUGUUGGCUACUUUUCCAAGCAAAAAGUAGCCAGUGCGACCACUCCGCCGGUCGCUCCUGCCAUUACCGAUUCUCCAGGCUCUUCUACGAGCCACGAGACCAUUUCCACUACUGACCCAAUUACAAAUGGCAGUGCUCAUGACGGCACAAAUGGCACAGCGACAACUGCUACCAGCUCUUCUGCACCAGCAGAGCCUAUACCUGCAGUUCGAAACAACGUCUCCUGUAUCGUGACUCUGCCAACUGCCCAACGUAAGGGAUACGGAAACUUUUUGAUCGAUUUCUCAUACCUUCUCACCCGCUGCGAAAAGACUGUAGGUACUCCUGAAAAACCACUAUCAGAUCUCGGACUCGCUUCGUACACAAACUACUGGAAACACACGCUGUGCUACGAACUUCGCAAACUUCGCAAUUCCGCCGACCCUGCCACUGAAAUCAGCAUUGACACCAUCUCACAAACCACUGGCAUGACUCUCGACGACGUGGUAUUUGGACUCGAAACACUAGGCUUCCUCGUGCAAACGCCCCAAAAGUCAUACACCCUCCAAAUCGACGACCGAGUCCUAGACGACAUCAUCGCCAAAUGGGAGUCCAAAAACUACCGUCGCGUGCACCCCGAAAAACUGCUCUGGGUCCCUCUCACCCUGUGA